AAUAACAAGCCCAAUAAUGUUUUAAAGCUGCGUACGUUAGUUCUUACCACAAGCUGCGGGAGUAACUCUACGCAAACUGUUACUGAAACGCCGUGGGCCAUCAAAAACAAAAAAUCCGAUGCUGUUUCCUCUAAUUCUACAGUAAUUUCAGGCAUUUCUUCGUCUGCUUUUCAUCGUGAAAACACCGGCAGACUUUUGAAAAGUUGUUCGAUUACCAAUUCGAUAGAAGACUUUCCUUCGUUGGAUCAAGCUCUUCCUCCUGCUAAACAUGUCGGAGCUGUUUCAUCUCAGAAGGAGGAUAACCCGGCGAAAAAAAAUUUUGCCUGCACUAAUUCAAAUUUUUCUUCGGAAGAUUCUCUAAAGAUUUCACAGUUACCAAGUUUGGAAAAAAGUCAGCUUUCUCAGAGUUCAGUGCAAUCUCCUGCUCUCUCUUCGGAAGCUCCGCUGCCGGCUGCCGAGCGGGCGAAGGACUCCGCCAACAGCAACAAGGAAGCUGAAGAAAGCAAGUCAUGGGCACAUAUAUAUGAUGAGGACGACAGCAGCGUCAUGAAACCACGUCAUGUGCAAGAACACUGGCCGCGUGCCCCAUCGCCUUGGCAAACGGGUCAGUUGGGUACUGCAAGUAGUCAGAACUUCCGUUAUUCCUCGUCCAGGCCACGUGUUAUCCGCCCGACUGCGGUAUCUACUCAGCCUUCUGGACCACCACCGAUGUUUUCCGCUGGUUAUUACGGCGGUCCCAGGCACAUGCGGCCGUCUCACCCCUCCUCCAUGGCCUUUCUUCCUCGUCUUGCCCAAAGAAUGCGGCCUACUCAUUACUGUGGGAAUGGUUCUGACGAGCCGGAAAAAGAAGUAAUGGUACUAUUGACUAACCGGAAAGACGAAACCAGACGCAUUCUUGAACGUCGUGUGGGCACCUCGAAUAGCACUGACAGCGUCAAACCAGCCACCCCCGUUCAAACAGGAGUUUCUGAUUCUUCUUCGACGCCGGCAGUGGUGGGUUCUUCGCCAGUAACAGCAAAGGAAAAUAUAGAGGGUUUACCCUUAAGUUCAACGGCAGAAAAAAACUUGGGCCCCUCGUGCACUGCACGUGUGUCUAGCAAUAAUGCAUUGUCUUCUGACCAGAACAUAAACUUCCCUUCGCUUUCUAGUAUUGAGGGUUGCCAGAAAAGUAGUACCAUCGAUGCCGGGUGUACAGUGAAAGGUCCAGGGUUAUUGAAUAUGGAUAAUCACGAGCAGGAAAAGUUUGUUGGCAAUAAUACUGUUCUAUCUGGUAAUGAAAAUACUAAGGCGGACCACGACGGAUGUGUUAAGGUUGUUACCCACACUAGCAGUAGUACUAGUUAUAUGGCUAAGGAUGCCACUCCCGCCCUUUCUAAUAAUCAUCGUUACAUAUCCAAUAGUAAAAAUAAUAAUUCGAGUAGCGAUAACAUCUCCCCUAACAGUAAUUCUUAUCUUGGUCAAUCCUGCGUUGAUGAUAAAUUAGUAGCACCGAUCGAAAGGAGUCUUGUUGAGGAUCUGGCUAAGGUACACAUAUCAAACCCUCAGGAGUUUCGAAGCAUCCAUCGUGUUAGUAAUGCGCAGAGCGGCAACAACAUUGCCAGUAAUAAAAAUGAUGGUAGCCGGGAUACAUCAGGUUACUUGGAAACUGAGAAAGGGAAUAAUUUCACUCGUGGGAGGGGAAGGGCCACUGGUGACGGUGACGGUGAAGAUUGUGACGUUCUCUACCAUGAAAACGGGGGCGGCAGAAGAAUUUGUUGUGUAGAGGUAAGAGGUUUACCUCCUAUUAAAAAGUCAGUGGAUAAAGAAAGUGUUAAUAACAAUUGCACCACCGCUGUGGACUUUCGAAAAGUGUAUAGUCAAAGUAAGGGCUAUAAGGCCAUUAACUAUACAUCCCGCAAAAGCAAGUCUAAGACUAUGCCUGGGCCUAAGGAAAACACUGUACACAGUACUAGAGAUGCACACGCAAUCGCUGCUUUUCACAAGGAUACAGUUGACGUAGAUGGUGUUAAUUUUACUUACCGUAGCAGAAAAGGCGACAUAGUGAAUGGUAACCGCCCUGAGAUGUACAAAUACGUGUUGUGUGAGAGAGGCAGAACUACUAGUCGUUAUGAGGUGGUGAAUCGUCAUAAUGGAAGAUAUAACGGGGCUGAAAUCUUUGGUGGCCGUGGCGAUAGCAGCAGUUGUCAAAAUGCCCCAAAGCUUGGUAUAAAAAUUAGUUCUAGGGGCGGAAUUGUCGGUGGUAGCGGUAAAGUUAACAGUAAUGUCCAUCGCGUUUUAUCUCGUGGACGCAGCAUGGUGCGCGACAGGCCUUUUCGUUCCCACCUCAAUUAUUUUAAAAAAGAAAACUAUAGAACUUUUGUUGAUGGAGAAAAAGGUUUACCUUUUAAAGCCUUUUACCUUAGUAAUAGGCAUCGAAGCUCUCCUGCUAAACGAACAGAUCGGGUUAGAAAUAUGUCUUUAAGUCGCUCACCUUCUUUACAUAAGGCUAACGUCCGAAGCCAAAAAGUAGAAGAUAGCGGUUUUCCAAGAGCAGAAACUUUUAUUGAAACAACGACGCACAGUCCAGGGAGACUUGAGAGUCACUCCCCUUAUACUAUACCUGCAAGGUCCAAAAGAAAAGUAGAACGACCGCUUUAUGUUCCCCGUCAGAAGUUAGCACACCUUCAAUGUCCACGGUUGCUUCCACCUUCUUCCGAAGAAAAGACUAACGAGUGUCUCCCUCGAGGGACGAGGGGUGCUGAGCGGAGACAAAUGCCCUACCAAGAAAAGGAUAUAAAUAUUUCUGCUGGACGGCACAAGACAGCAAGAUUUUUAACCUCCGAUGAACUCCAGUACUAUUGUGCCCGACCCCCGAGUCGAGCUAGCCUGGUUUUUAAGAAAGAGACGGCAGCCGUUAGGCAGUUAAGUGAGUACCAGCAUAAGAAGCUUUUGAGGCUGCGGCUGGAUGACAACCGCAUAGCCUGCUCUAAUUAUGAAGAGUUGAACAGUUACGAAGGCUCGGAAAGUGACGCCGCCGUUGAUUGUAGCUACCUUAACUCUAAUGGCGGUUUUACAAGGAGUGUCGAAAGAAGGACGGGACGCUCCCGAAAGGCACAAAAGAAAAUGGCUGGACCAGAUCUUUUUUUCUCCAGAACAAAUUUAUUAAAUCCUAGCAGGAAGUCGUGAACUGCUGCAAAUAAGCUUGGCACUUUACAAUGUUGGUUAUAAGGACGAUUUAUAUAAUAUUGCUGCAAAAUGCGGAACAAAUGGAGGCCUAAUAAAUAAAUUUUAUUUGCA